AUGGACAAAUUCUGGAGAUGGGGGAGAUCAGUUCCAACUUCUGAAGAAAGCUCUGUAAUUCUGCUGAGAAAGAACAAUGUUCAAACACUUAUUGAGGAGACCCAUAAGUGUCAAUUCUACUAUUUUUACCUAAGUGGGAUCCCAGCGUGGUUCCAUCCUGAAGUGGGGUCCUCUCCGUCAAUCAAGCUUCCUGAGAAUCUACACAAGAACAAGAACUGGAUGGGAUUUGCUCUAUGCGCGUCACUUGCAGUAGACCGGCGUAAACUAAAACAGCCCUUUAGUUUUUCCUGUCAUCUCCAAAUCAAUAAGUUUUUUGUAGAAGUAGCUACAGUUGUUAACAGAACAGGUCUCUCUAACGGAAUAUCUGAUUAUAAAGAUGGACUUGUGGUCGCUUACAUUCCACGGACACGGUUUCCAGAACACUACUUUAUGGGAGCAACUCCAACUAGCAUGAUCUGGACUUUGUUUAGAACAGAUACCCCUUGUAUAGAGGUUCAAAUCUGUGGAUUCCGUAUUUUGUACCAGCAAGAUUUGUAA